AUGGACCAAUACAAAACUUCCAAGCUUACGAAGAGUGACGUCCUGUCAUUGGGUCCUGAAAGCCUUCAAAACAUCCUCCUUCAGACAGAGAAAGACAUUCCUUCUUAUUUCCUCAGAAACUUGAUGUCUUUGAAUUUGAAUGCGAGGAGGACACAACCUAUCAGAUCUCAGUCCAGUCUGAGUAUAAAUAGUGACAAUAUGGAAACCAACGACAGUACACAGUUCAGGGAAAUCCAUCCCCUGGAUUUCCUAUGUGUCCUCCUGAACUUAUCUGAUAGUUUCUUACAACAGGAAAUAGUGUCCAAAAUGUCCAUGUGCCAGUUUGCCGUGCCACUGCUUCUCCCAGCUUGUGACGGCCACGACUGCACCUUCAUGUUGUGGGCAAUGAGGGACAUUGUGAAAAAAUGGAGAACACGAUCGUUAGACAAUAAAAAUGGAUUCAGAGAGGACAGCGUGGUGAGGAUUUCCAUGCCUGUCUUCUCCUUUGUGAGACUCAACAAUUGCAGCUUGUCUAAGUCAGCCAUCCUAAAUCAAAUUAUCUCCCCACCUCAGAGGCUCUUAGGCUUUUUUAUGCACCAGAACAUGGAAGGUGGCAACAUUUCAAAGAAGCUCUCUAACGGUUUGGUAGAAAUUUCUUGGCAUUUCCCCACAGGUCAGGAAGGCUUGGAUGUUUUUGUAGAGCCCAUCGCUUUUGCAAAUUUACGAGGAGACAUCAUGUCUAAUUAUAAACAAUUUAAGUUCCUAAAUAAUAUAUCAGCAGCAAUUUUCAUAUUUGCAGAUAGUAUUAGUGAGGCCGAAUACAAACUGCUGUCAGGUUUGAAGGACAUCCACGCCAAAUUUUUCUUCGUCGUCUCCCUGGCUUCUGAAACAAAGGGCGCUACAUGGGACUACCUCAAAAAGCUUCAUACUUUUCUAAACUUAGAUGAUAAGCAAAUUUUAGCAAAAACAGCCAAGGUUAAUGAUGCAAGACUCGUUAAAAGCCUACAGUUCAUCAUUUCAGAUUUAGCGCGCACAUUUCCGCACAGUCUGACCCUGGAGCAGAUGGAGGAUAUAGCGGGGAGACUUGGAAUUUGUGUGGAUGAGAACUCUGAGGAAUGCCAAGCAGCAAAAGCUCAAGCUUUGAAAAUUAUUGAAAAUAUAUCAGAUGUGAGUAAAUACAAAAGGGAAAACAUGAAACUGCAGGGAGAUCUGUGGAAACAGCUAUCAGACACGGAGAAGGAACUGUGCCGAAUGACAAAAAAACAUGGUGAGGAUGGAGAACAUUAUAAAACAAAGCUUAACAAGAAAAGAGGCAAAUUGCUGAGGCAGCAGAAUCAGCAUACUCCCCCGCAGGAUAUAGUUGCAUUUAAGGAAAUGCUCACAAAUUCAUCGCCAUCAAAGAAGCACUUUUUCCUCAAGUGGGUGAAGAUUUUCCUUGAUUCGCUUUCACGCCGUAAUCUUUCAGAUUUAGAGACCAAAUACAGGAAUAAACUCAAAAAUGGGUCAGCAAGUUCAGAUGAAAUAAUAACGACAGACAUGAAAAUAUCGGAAAGCUCCCUUGGUGUUGAACACUUCAUACGAGAGCUGGGGCAGUUUUAUCAAGCUGAAUGUCUUAUCGAAAAUGAUCGUGCCAUAAAUACAACCGAGAGAAAUUUUAGCGAUAUCCCAGGAAUGGCAGCUGAUCUACUGCUCGAUGGGUUUCCUCUGGAGCUGAUGGAUGGAGACGCUUCUAACAUUCCACUGCAGUGGAUAAGUGAUAUCUUGUUGGAGCUGGAUAAAAGGACAGGAGGGCAUUGCCGUCUCAGAGUAAUAAGCGUCCUGGGGGUACAGAGUACAGGUAAAUCUACCCUCCUCAACACCAUGUUUGGUUUGCAUUUCCCGGUGGCCAGUGGACGAUGCACACGAGGAGCCUUCAUGACUCUCAUUAGCGUGAAGAAAAACUUCCAGGAGGAGCUGGGAUGUCAGUUCAUUCUGGUGAUUGACACCGAAGGGUUGAAAGCUCCUGAACUGGCUUCUUUGGAGAACACUUACCAGCAUGACAAUGAGUUGGCCACCUUAGUUAUAGGGCUCAGUGACAUUACCAUAGUCAAUGUGUCCAUGGAAAAUACAACAGACAUGCAGGAUAUAUUGCAAAUCGUAGUCCAUGCAUUUCUUAGGAUGAAAACAGUUGGAAAGAGGCCUAGCUGUGUUUUUGUGCAUCAGAACGUCAGUGAUGUGUCUGCCCAUGAAAACAACAGAAGAGACAGAAGGAAACUCAGGGACCUGCUUGACGAAAUGACAAAAAUUGUAGCAAAAGUGGAAAAUAAGCUGGACAUAAAAGGCUUCUCCGAUGUUAUGGAACAUAACAUAGAGAAUAGCAGCUGGUACAUUCCAGGCUUAUGGUGUGGUGUCCCACCAAUGGCUGCAAUAAAUUCUGGAUACAGCAUUGCCACUUAUGAGUUCAAGAUAUAUCUUCUCCAAAUUCUCAAACAGCCAGUGAGGAAAUCCCAGAAAUUUAAUGAUUUGUCAGAGUGGAUUAAAAGUUUAUGGAACUCUGUUAAACACGAAAGCUUCAUCUUCAGUUUCAGAAACAGCUUAGUCGCCAAACUCUACAAUGAGCUCUCUUUAAAAUAUUCCGAACUGCAGUGGAACUUCCGGAAGGCAAUGGACCAAUGGGCUGUUGGAGCUGAGAAUGCAAUUAUGAACCAGACAAUGGAAAAUCUCCAACCUAAUAUGCAUAAAAUAAUCAUUGAAGAAAUGUACCAAGUUCUAGAUAAAGAAGAAAUAUUUAUGUGCAAAUCAUUGGACGUGUUCUUUAAAGAAGAUGCCGAACAUGUUAGACUGAUAGAGAGGUAUAAAGAGGACUUUCAGAGGAGUGUAAGGCAUGUCAAAGGUAACCUUAAAGACAGCUUAUGUAAGAGGCUUGAGGAAGCUAUACGAACUCAAAAAGGGAAAGAAGAGUUAGACAAAAUACAGAAAAAACUCUUCCAAGCCAUCGCCGAUAAAGCCGGUGAGUUUCACAGAAAAGGCAACUCUAACGUUAGAAAGAAAAAACUGAAAUCUAUUUUUAAAAAAAUAUGGGAGGAGACCCUCAAGGAAUCAUUACCAUCUAUGUCGCAGGAACAAAGUAUCAGUCAAACAAUCCUAACUGAACUUAAAAAAGACUUAAGGGACAAAGUGGACGCCGGGGUUUUAAAGUCAAUAAACAGCAAAAAACUCUGCGACUACGCAGGCAAGGUGUUUGAAAUGAAGUCGAAAUACAUUGGCAAGUCCAACAAAAAUCAAACUGAGAUGUCCCAUAGCAUUCUAAAGCAUAAAUACGAUACACUAUACCAAACAUGUAUGCAUUAUGUGGCAGAGAAACUUAAAGCAAACAAGGACUUUCAUGAGAAUUACUGCCGAGACCUUCUUGAUAUAAUCAAUUCUGGUCUCCGCCAGGAUGAUUUCCAAACACUCCAAACGACACCUUGGUUCGAACUGAAGAUAAAACUUCUUAUUUUUGGAAAGCUGACUCCUACGUUUCAGGGAAUGUACGAUGGCUUCUUGCAGAACAAUACCCUCGUGAAUCAACUGGAGAGAAUGAAACCUCAAUACUUUGAACAGUUUAAGGAAAUCUGUCACAAAAAAAAUACGUGUUUCAACCAGAUUCAACUUUUCUGCGAGUCCCGCCUGAAACCAGCAAUAACAGGAUACAUUUAUAACGUUCUUGGUAGAGAAAUGGUGGAUGAUAUUUUGGCUACGGAUGAAAGUAGGAGAUACGGCAGUCAGGCGCUCUUCCAGUUCUCUGUGCUAAAAGAGUUACUGGAAAACAAAAUCUUUAGUGAUUACUACAGUUACAUUAAGGACUAUGAGAAGUUUGUGAAAGGAUGGAUUUUAAAUCACCUUGAAGAUAAGUAUAAAGUCAACAGGGGUUUGGAGGACUUAAUUACAAAAGUUUCCACCUUUAUUAAAAGCAGGGUGUUUGAGGUGCUGAACGAUCCGAGACUUACAAAAAGUCUCGAAGUGUCCAAGUUUUUGUUUACAUUUUGUGACAUCUUGAGGAAAGAUUUGGCGAUCUCCAUGGAUGAUCUCCACGUGAGCAUGCUCCAAGAAAUAUCUUCUGUUGAGGGAUUUCAGAACCAUGUUAAGCACUUUACUGAUAAAUCUGUAGAAGAUUUACAACAAGAGAUCGGUUCGUCAAGUUUCGAGAUUGUACUUCGCAAGCUGACACUAAAACCUCAGGAAGAACUGUUCAUGAAGGUGUUUGGAUGUGGGAAGCAGUGCCCAUUCUGCAAAGCUCCAUGUGAAGCUGAAGGGGCAGUUCACAAUCAGCACUUUGCAUCUGUACACCGACCUCAGGGUUUAAUAGGCUGCAGAAGUGAACAGACCUCCUUCCUCAGUCACUCCAUUUGCUCCACCAGUGUAGUAGAAGGCAAAAUGUUUUCAAAUUCAGAUACUAAGGGCAAGGUUUACCCUUUCAAAAAUUAUCACAUGGUUUACCCCGAUUGGGUUAUUCAACCUGAUCCGUCAAUCAAGGCUUCUGAUUACUGGAAAUUUGUACUUAAAGAGUACAAUGAACAGUUCGCUCAGGAAUACCGGGCACAGCCGGCUGAGUACCCGGAAGAGUGGAACCACAUUACAGCAGAGCAAGCCAUGAAGAGCCUUCAAGAAUCACUGAACAUCACAGUGGCUGUUGCUGAUGACCUCUGA